UAUAUUGGAUUUUAUUUUCGAUAAAAAUAUCGAGGUUAACCUUUUUUAGUGUUAUGCAUUACACAUGCUUUAUAAGACCGCACUGCAGAUUGUGGAUGUUAUUUUACCUUUAAAAUCAGACACGUUUCAGUGUAACCAAGGAUGAUGUCGCGCGCCAUUCUUCCACUGCGUUCUGCUUCCUGCAAAUGGUUGCUACGGCAACGUUCGUGCAAUCCAUUCCGAUGUGUGAGUUCUGGACGCGGAAAGGGCAGUAGUACAACCCGGAACUUCACACUCUUGGCGGCGGUGACGGGGGUUACUGGCGUAUCAGGUUACUUUCUCAACAAGUACUUCUACAACCGGGAGCCCAGUCCCAUCCCAGGCACAGGUGAUUCCCCUCCCUUAGAAGCAGGCGCAUGCGUGACGGGAUUUCGUUCCUACCCUCGAGCGGAAGUGAAGAAUCACGUGACCGAGAAGAGCGGCGUUUGGAUUACUUACAAAUGCGGCGUUUAUGAUGUCAGCAACUACCUAGACGGUCACGUGGGUGGCCGGAAGAAGAUCUUGGGUACCGCAGGCUCGGAUAUCGGCCCCUGUUUCGAUCACAUCCGGGCACACAAGAAGGAAAACGCUAUCGAGGCACUGGAGAGCAUGCGCAUUGGAAAUGUACAGGAAGUGGUGGAGAAAAGCACGUGAUUUCCGAUGAGAUUGAGAAUUGCGCACGAGCGAAGUAGGAAGAUAUUAAUUAAUGCCUUUAUUGCAAAUAUUGUUCCGUUGAUUUCAUUAUAUUGGGAAAAGAACAGUUACAUCGUCAUUAAACCCAGAUACCACGACGCACGUUAGGAAACGCAGAUAAACAAUGCAGAGUAAUACAAUCGGAAAUACACGAACAAUACGAAGUACAUGCUUGGUAGUAAUACAAUUAAAGAAAAUCCAACUUAUCCAAAACAGAAAUGGAUACGCCCAUUAUAAAUAGUAAAUUAUAACAGUUUCCAUUUAGAGCGUUUUUGUGUAUUUGUUUAUUUGCAUGUGUAAAAGUUUGGACUUUACAUGGACCAUUUGUUACUUACAGAGGAUCAUUUAUAUGUUACUACGUUUAUAUAAAAUGUUUUAAUCGAAAAAGCUUAUUUAACACUUUCAAAAUGUAUUAAUCAACGACCACCGAAAACUCUGCCUCUACCGCCUACCCAACACAUAAUCUAUGUAGCAAAAGAAAAGAAACGUACAUACAAAUAAAACAUGGUUGUCAACGUUUUACAGAGUACAAGUAUGGACGAACAACACCACAUCAGUAGAUCUGAGUGACGUUAACACAUCGGAAGAUAGGGACCUCGUUCUAGGAUAAAUGAACUUAAUUCAUGUGCGAUAAAUGUCGUUCCGGAUUAGGGGUCAGGAACAACACUUUCCUCUUAAACUGAAUUUUUAGUGGAAAGAUACUUCCUUUAAACGAAAAAUUCCAUAAAAGAUGAAAGUACAGUCCGCACAGGCUAAUCAGGGACGAUGCUGUGCGCACAGUCCUCAUAAGGCGUGAAGAAGCUGUUUCUCUCACCUGACCGACUCGAAUUUUUCGUGAAGAGCCUAGACGUUGUUGAAUUUUUUAAUGUAUUCGCAUAAAGAAUGUUAACAUACAAAAUGUUGAACAGCGUAAUGGACAAUAACUGCAGUUGAACAGUCUCAUAGAAGUGGGAAAUAAAUAGAAUAUCUUAACACAAAUUUAAGAAAAACAAGAGAUGUGUUUGUCAGAAUCACAAUGCCCUCUAUUGCGCCGCUUUGAAGCCAUAAAUUUGACCUUUGACCUUGAACGAUGACAUUGACCUUGACCUUUAGCCACUCAAAAUGUGCAGCUCCAUGAGAUACAUGCAUGUCAAAUAUCAAGUUGCUAUCUUCAAUAUUAAAAAAGUAAUGACCAAACUUUAACGAAGGUUAAAGUUUUAGGAACGAAAAAUACAAUUAUAUUUGACCUUUGACCUUGAAGGAUGACCUUUACCUUGAAUUGUCACCACUCAAAAUGUGCAGCUCCAUGAGAUACACAUGCAUGCAAAAUAUGAAGUUGCUAUCUUCAAUAUUGCAAAAGUUAUAAAACUUAAACCAAGGUUAAAGUUUGUGACACACACAUACAAUGACUGACUGACACAAUGACAGACAGACAGACAGACAGGCCAAAAACAAUAUACCCCGAUCUUUUUAUCCGGGGGCAUAAAAAUGUUUGGUCGAUCUACCUAACUUAUAUUGCUGAGUCGUUAUUGCAGACAGACACAAUAUGUUUUCA